AUGGGAGUCCAAGAAGGCACUGUGCAAAUUGAUUCAGGUGAGGAGAGGAAGGGGAUGUGGGUCAACUUGCUGACUGUAACUCUGCCGGCCAAACCUUGGCUUAUAAUAGGGGAUUUCAAUGCUCCUUUUGAUUUGGAAGAUAGGAAGGGGGUAAUGAUCUGGGAGACUAUUUCAGACCACUGUGCUUGUGUGAUUUCAAUGGCUAUUGAUGAGAAGAUUGUAGGUAAACCGUUCAGAUACUACAAUUUCUGGGCUGACCAUCCAGAGUUCAAACAAGCUGUUCUUGAAAGUUGGCAAAAACCUGUGAGGGCCGUGGGGAUGAAAGCUCUAUCACACAAACUUUUGAGGUUGAAACAUGUCAUGAAGAAGUUAAAUAGAGAAGUUAUAAGGGAUAUAGGGAGAAGGUAUUAUGAAGCUAAAGCUCUUUUUUUGACAGCAAGAAUGCAAGCUCAAGCUCAUGCUCAAGAUCUGAAUUUUCAGCAAGAUGAGAAAGAGGCAGCCACAAACUUUAUCAACCAUGAAAAAUUAUACCAUAGUUUCUUGAGACAAAGAAGGAAGGUGACUUGGCUUAGCAAAGGAGUUGAGAAUAAUGCUUACUUUCAUGCUAGUUUGAAAAAAAGGAGGAUGGAGAAUAGCAUUAUAUCCUUUACUAAUGAACAAGGGGUGGUCAUAGACAAUUUCUAUGAGGUGGUCGAUCACUAUAUUGGUCACUUCCAGCUAUACAUGGGAACCGAAUCCAGACUUACAGCUAGUCUCAAAGCAGGGCCAGAUGGUUAUGGAGCUGGUUUUUUCAAGAAAAUGUGGCCGGAGCUGGGUGCUGACUUCACUCAUGCGAUGGAGAGUUUCUUCACUAAAGGAUCCAUGCCCCAAGAGUUUCAUGCCACAAUGCUCACCCUAAUCCCGAAGACAGAAAAUCCAACAAAGGUUCUUCCUCUGAUUGUCAACCAGAACCAAGGUGCUUUUGUACAAGGGAGAUCAAUCGCGCAUAAUGUUAUGAUUCUUCAAGACAUCUUGAAGAACUACAAAAGGAAGAACGUCUCCCCAAGGUGUACUCUUAAGGUGGAUAUAAGUAAAGCUUACGAUACGGUGAGCUGGGAAUUCUUAGAAGCUCUUUUGAAUACGUACAAAAUGCCAUCCAGGUUUAUAAAAUGGAUCAUGUCUUGUCUGAGAGCUACCACCUAUUCAAUCAUGAUGAAUGGAAGAGUUCAAGGGAGUUUCAAAGGCAAUAAGGGUUUAAGGCAAGGUGAUCCAUUUUCCCCUCUUCUGUUUGUGUUGAUUAUGGAAUAUUUGACUAGACGGUUGAUAAUGGCUGUUGAUCAAUCGAAAUUUAAAUACCACCCUAUGUGCAAGAGUCUCAAAAUAAUUAGUCUCUGUUUUGCGGAUGAUUUGAUGCUGUUUAGUAAGGGGUCCCUAAGCUCCUUGCAGGUAAUAAAAAGUGUUUUGAAUGAGUUUGAGGCCGCUUCGGGUCUUGCCAUCAAUGCAAACAAAUCCCAACUCUAUUUUGGAGGGGUAAAAGCAGAGGAAAAGCAGGCUAUGUUGAGAGAAAUGAACAUGUUAGAGGGUUUUUAUCCCCUUAAGUACUUGGGGGUGCCUCUAAGACCAACCAAAUGGAAAGCGGAAGAUUGUGGGGUGAUCAUCAAGAAAAUCAAACAGAGACUUCAUACUUGGGCAACAAGACAUUUAUCUUUUGCAGGUAGGGCUCUUCUCAUUCAUUCAGUUUUGCUUGGGCUUCGCUACUACUGGAUGAGUAUAUUCAUUUUGCCUCAUAGCAUUACAAAGGAGAUUGAGAAACUUUGUGAGUCUUGGGAACUCGGGCAUCAGAUUGACGAAGAUCUGCUUCAACUUAUGCAUGAAGAUCAUCCUCGUCUUCGUGCUAGUCCUUCUUCUAGCGAAGGACAUUCUCCUGACCUUGUACCCAGCCAUAGAAUGAUGGCUUAUACAAAGAAAACCAUGCGUCUGGCCGACGCUACUGAUCCUCAAGUGGCUCAGCUUGCCACUCUGCCUAGCGCCGAACAGGAUUCGGCCGUCCCGAUGGAGGAGGAUCGCGAGGGGGACGCUGAGGUGCAGGAGGUUGAGGAGAUGGACGAUGCUCGUCCGGGCAGUUCUUCCAAGGCGAAGGGAGAGGAAUAG